GCGUUUGUCCGUUUUCUAUUCCUUCCCGCGGACAAAGUAGCCGUUGGUCCUUCUCUUUCUUCCCCCCCGCCUCCCCCCCUUUCACUCAUUCUGCAUCGUUUCCUUUCCGACGCUUCUUGCUGGUAUUAUCUCCUGAUUUUGGUGGGAAAGACAAAGGCGGUGGUGAAUUCUGAAUCAUGAAAACUAUUCUACCCACUUUGGAGGGACUGUGGGACGGGGGUCUUUUUCUUUUCAAAAGGUACCUGACUUUGUUGAGAAGAUGGUGAAUGUUCUGAAAGGAGUACUUAUAGAAUGUGACCCAGCCAUGAAGCAGUUCCUCUUGUACUUGGAUGAGUCAAAUGCCCUGGGGAAGAAAUUCAUCAUACAAGACUUGGAUGAAACACAUGUCUUCGUGUUAGCUGAGAUGAUUAAUUUCCUGCAGGAAAGAGUGGGAGAGUUAAUGGACCAGAACUCUUUUCCCAUUACACAGAAAUAGAAAGUGUGGACAUAUCUUCCUGUGCCACACUGCAGUCAAUAGAUAUGGAAUUGAAAGUUUUUGCUAACUGAUCUGAUGCAUAUUGGAUAGACAUGGUUGUGAGGGUUUGAUAUUAGCCUCCGACUGUUUCUCAAAUAAAACAGUUUUUUUAAACUGAAA